UCUGUGUUUAAAACCAACGAGUUCGGGGUGGGUUUUAUGGUAUGCAAAGCAGCUCAACCCUGAAGAAGAAGAAAGUAUCAAAUCCAAACACACGAGGAUGGAUUUUGAAUUGGUGAAGAGUUUCUUGGAGAAAAGCAGCUCCGGUGUAUCAUCCGAGGAUAUUGAUUCCAUGCCUUUCAGGUUCUUCGAGCCCAUGAUUAUGUCAGGCCUUAAAGUAGAUCUCAUAGAACGUGGUCGCGUCCUUUGCUCCAUGAAAGUUCCUCCUCGUUUACUGAACGUAGGUAAUUCCUUGCACGGUGGAGCUACGGCUGCGCUAGUGGAUGUGGUGGGUUCGUCUGUAAUCAUGACAAUGGACAGUGUAGCGACCACCGGAGUUUCAGUAGAGAUUAAUGUUUCAUACUUGGAUGCUGCUUUUGUUGGUGAUGAGAUUGAGAUAGAGGCUAAAGCAUUGCGUGUUGGGAAGGCUGUUGCUGUUGUGAGUGUAGAAUUUAGGAAGAAGAAAACUGGAAAAAUAAUUGCACAAGGGCGACAUACUAAGUAUUUGGCUGUAUCAAGUAAAUUAUGAACUUUAGGUGUCUUCUCAUAUUGAGUAAGCCCCUUAAUCACAGUACAAACUGUUUGAAUAAAAUAUUGUCUGUAUAAAUGAUGUUUGACAAAUAUUUGGGUAAGUGGCAUCAAUAUUUGGUAAAUGGAGGGAAAAAUAAGAGGG